UUUUUAACCAUGGAACACCAUUAUUUAACAAGAUUUAAUAAUACUGAUAUAAUAUAAAUGGUACAUAACAUAUCCCAUUCUUUUGUUUGGUAUACUCUUUUCAUACACAGAAAUAAGCAACUCAAGGUCACUGUACGGCCUUCAAUAAUGAGAAAAACCCAUGCUGUACAGAAAGCCAUAGACAGGCCCAAAAUGACAAAUGGAUACAUAUCAAACGAUAAUUUUAAUGGCCUGAUUUAUUAGUUUACUUACCAUUUCCAAGACGAAAUUGCCACUAUGAGUAAAGAAGCAUCCUGUAGCAGUCCAAUAUCAGAAAGUGGACAGCCAUGUGUUCAAGAUACAAAUCCUGCUGCUAUGCCUGCGGAAGAAACAGAUACAGAAACUUUUCUGUGCUUACGCUCAACAUCUCGUGAAAAGACAGAUACUGCUGAUCUCGGUAAAGAGAUUACCACACAAGUCGUCGACAAUAUCCAGCGUGAAAGAAAACUUUCAGACAAAGGAAAUCCGGUAGAUCAGGAGAAGGGUCACAUGUGUGACAGACAAGAAUCUGCUUCGUCAGACACUAGCAGUUUUGUUGGAGUUGGUUCAAGUGUAUUUGGUAGCUCGGGAUAUCGAACUGAGUGUGAUACUUGUGACCUGCUUAUGGAAAGUCCCUUUUGUGAAUUCACGAAGACAUUCUGGAAAUCAAUACCGAAUUUAGGACCGGAUAGAAGUCAAUCCUGUCAUUGCAAGUUUUUUGGAAAACUUGUACAGAAACUGAAAGAUGAUUUUCCACACGAAAAGGGUUUAAACAGUAAAAGUACAAUCAAUCUCCUCAAGUUUCUGUUACAUGUAGAGUUCAAAGAUCCAGCUGCACCUGUUCUGCUUUCAAAUAUACUAAGAUUAGUCAAAUUGUUUGGACCUGUUCGUAAAGAAAAUAAUGGUUGUGUACUUAUCAACCAGCUACACCAACUGCUGAGAAGAUCAUUGAAAAAGAGAGAACAAGAUUCAAAUAAAAUGUCAACGUGGUUUGUUGGAGAAAUGAGCAGACAAGAGGCAGAUGACCUUCUGUUAAAUGAUAACUGUAAGGACAAAACAUUUUUAAUCAGAAUCAGUGGCACUGAUGGAGAAGAUGGAGAUUUUGCUCUAUCAGUAAGACAUGAAAACCACUGUCAUCAUCUUAAGAUACAAGGAAACCCAAAGAAAGCUUUAUCAGAAGAACCAUAUAAUGCUCAACUGAAAUUUGACGGACAAGUUUUCAAGUCACUAACUGAUAUAAUCGAGCAUAUAAAAAUGGGUGAUAUACAACUUGAUGAUGAUACUGAAGAUAAUCCAUGUUCAUCUAUCUCAUGCCUCAGAGUAUAUCAAUACUCACCAUUAAAUGGUGUGAUGUCAGGGUAUGAAAAAACUAAAUAAUGAAUUUUACUGGAUGUAAAACAAAGUAUUGUCAGUUGUUAAUGAAGAUAGUUGCAUAACAUACAAAACUUACAAAAUGUAUAUGUUGAUUGGCUGAUACUAGUAUUAUUUGACAUUUAACAUAUAUAUAUAUAUAUUAUAGACAGCCAUUACCAAUGUUAUAUGAAAUGAAGUCGAUUUGUUUUAAAGCGAUUGACAGUAUGUUUUUUUUUAAUUCAGGUGUGUCCAUAUGCCUUUAAAAAUCUUUGCUUUGUGUUUAUGAAAUAUAUAAAAUUCUAAAUAAGGGAGACUUAUAUAAGAUCUUCUUGUUUCCGAAUCCUUGUAUUUCUAUAGUAUAACUGCAAUUUGUGCACUUUUGAAAAAUUAAAUACUGUUUAAACUAAAUAAAAUUGUAUG